AUGCAGGAUUUCAAACAGACGGUUGCUGACUACAGACCACAGCUGCUGAACCUGGACGCCGCUUCGGCCAAGUGUUGCACACCACCCCCCACCCCUGGGGGGCGACCACAGCCUACCAAACCAGACGAAACCGCGUCGGCAGUUGCCAAAGAGCUCCAGAGGGUGUGGGAUCGCUACAACUCGCUGGAAGCGGCCACAACGGAGAGAGAAACCGUUUUAGCAGAGUUUCUGCCGAUUGUUCAACAACAUGAAUCAUCGCAGGGGGCGUGGCUUCAGAUACUCGAGAACUGGGAGGAGACUGUUGCUAACCUGUCUCCCCCGGCAACCACACCUGCCCUUGUCGAACAGCAGAUAAAGCAAUCAAGGAUCUACUGCAGUCAAUCUAUGACCACGAACCGGACUUCACCUCUCUCAAGAAAGAAGCCCACACUCUCUGCGGGGGACCACCACGUGAACCACAACUCCUGGCAUCUCGCUCUGAACUCCGCGACUCCAGUGCCGAGUUUGUCGGCAAGAAAACUCGACGACGUUUCCACGGAAACACCCAAAGGUCGGGGUUCGUCUCCAGGGAAACCCGGUUGGAAUGCUCCGAGACCGGGGCAGUGUGAGCUGGAAGCGAAACUGGGAGACUACGAGAGGAGGCUGGAGGAGUUGAGAGAGAGACUGGGUCGAUGUCUGGGUGAGAGAGAGCGGCAGUUGGAGAGGGCGAGGGAGUGUCAGGGAAUACUGGAGGGAGUGGGGGUGUGGCUGAAAGUGGGCGUGGCCGAUUGGAGGAACUGA